CGUACUUGAAGUUUCUGCAGUGUCGCAGCCGAACAGCCAUGGAUGGAGGGGGCAGACCCCUGGCCCUGUCCGCGCACACGUCGUCUCCUCUUUCCGUCGGAGGGCUGCAGUUGCCGACCUCUUUUCUGCACACGCCGCCACUUUUCCUCCGCGCCGCGUGCGCGCCGAGCCUGGACAGGAGCUACCCGCGCACGCCCAAAUGCGCCCGCUGCAGAAAUCACGGGGUCGUUUCUGCCCUGAAGGGUCACAAGCGCUUCUGCCGCUGGAGGGACUGCGUUUGCGCCAAGUGCACGUUGAUCGCCGAGCGACAGAGAGUCAUGGCUGCGCAAGUCGCUCUGCGGAGGCAACAGGCGCAAGAGGAGAGCGAGGCCCGGGAGCUGCAGCUCCUGUACCCGGGGAGAGGAGGUGCCACGGACAGCGACAUCGGCGCUUCCAGACCGACACUGGCACCUGACGUACCGAGGAUUACGAAUACGUCCGAGCGUUCGACUUUUGAUUCCUUUGGGUCCGAUGACAUUAAAAAUGGGGACCAUCUAGACAAAUACAUUUUAAACGGGUUCAUGAUGGCCUGCCCCUCGCUCCAUAUGAAAUCUCCCGAAGGCAACGGUGACACAAGCCUGAUCUUAGAGAACGGUCUCGGGGAGUCCGCCAAAACAAGCGGCACUCGGUCUCCCAGCUUCGACCAGCUGUCAGAUCGCACUUCAAGCCCACGGUCUCUGUCCUCUCCGGAUCUGGAGUCGGGCAGCGAGUCGGAGAAGCCUAAAGACUCGCCCCGAGUGCUCGCCACGGCCGCUGAAUCUAGCAGAGAGCGGGACCCGGUCGAGGUCCUUUUGAAAAUCUUCCCUCAUCUCAAACACGACGCUCUUGAAUCAGCGCUGAGAACGUGUGCGGGGGACAUUGUGAAAGCCAUCGAAAUCCUUCUCACGUCCAGAGAGGAACGCUGCGCCAGCGAAGCCUCGCCGUUAACCGACAGCCCGCAAGCACUGCGCUCUUCCGUUGGCCUGGUUACCGGUACGCCUUUGGGAACGCUCGGCUCCAAGUCUGCCUUUUCUCCUCUACAGACCACAAGCCCAAAACCUUUUGGAAGCGACGCCUUUCUGGAUUUGAAUCCUCGUUUUGGAAUCAAUCCAUUUCGCUUAGCUUAUUCUACAUCCGGAGGCGCCUUACCGAGUUUCAUCGCUCCCUACCUGACCUCUGGAUUACCCCCCACCUUUCCGAUACGAGCCCCUGUAGAUUACCGGUUUCCCGGGCUGAUUCGUGACCUCGCCUACCAGGGCAGAGACAGUUUCGCCAGCGCGAACGCCUACUCGGGUCUCAGCCAAGAGAAGUAGUUAACGAUUGUUCCUGUUUUUCAUGUCGACGAGGUGAAGAUUUAGGCCUUUAUGUAUUUAGGCUAUACAUAUUUUAAAGAAACGAAAAAUAAGAUGCAUUGAUAUUUUUGUAAUUCAGC